AUGCAUGGUGGAGCCACAACAACCCUUGUGGAUUUGAUAGGGUUAGCUGCAAUCCUCACCGUCGGAACUCCCAGCUUUGGAGUUUCAGUGGAGAUCAACGUUUCAUACUUGGAUUCUGCUUACCCUGGUGAAGAGAGGUUGAGGCCAAGGCUUUAUGAGUUGGGAAGGCUGUUGGUGUUGCCAGUGUUUUGUUAA